GGACGAUGAUGGGUCAUUCGAAGGCUUCGACGAUAUUCAACCAGCCACGAGAGUUCCGAAUGACGAAGUAGACGAUAAUUCAGAUGAUGAACCCGAUUGGAACCCCGGGCAAGUUGCAGCCCCUCUACCGCGCGUCUCUCGAAUACCGCACAGCACUCUGGCCCCAAAGAGAACACAUACAUCUCCCUUAGAAUCAACGUUCGAAUCGCUUGGAGUAUCUGCAUCACUUAUAAGGGCCUUGAGAUCCAUGUCGAUUAAAGUACCUACGGAAAUUCAAGCGGCCUGUGUGCCUCCAUUGCUAAGAGGCGAGGACGUCAUUGGUAAUGCAAAGACGGGCUCAGGAAAGACGAUUGCGUUUGCUCUUCCAAUUUUGCACCAAUUGUUACUAGAUCCAUAUGGCAUCUUCGCCCUCAUUCUCACACCCACGAGGGAACUUGCCUUCCAGAUUGCGGAUCAAUUUGCGGUGCUUGGAUCUCCCCUCAAUGCUCGUACAGCUGUCGUAGUUGGAGGAAUGGACAUGAUGGCACAAGCUGCAGAGAUGCGUUCUAGACCCCACAUUGUGGUUGCCACCCCUGGUCGUCUGGUCGACCUGAUGCGAAGCGGCAGUGGGGAAUGGUCCUUGGGGCGCGUAAAAUUCCUGGUGCUUGAUGAAGCGGAUCGACUGUUAACUUCAACAUUUGCAGCCGACCUGCAAGAUCUGUUUGCAGCGAUGCCAUCGGAACGUCAGACCGCACUCUUCACGGCCACGCUCACUCCGGCCAUUGAAGCUUUGUCAGAAGCCGAACCUCGACCUGGGAAGAAGCAACCGUUCAUCCAUCGUGUUCUGUCAAAUACCGAGACUGUCGAAACCCUGAAGCAGCACUACCUCUUAUGUCCGCCACAUGUCAGAGAACUCUACCUGUAUUAUUUGCUUUGCAACCCGCCCGAGUCCAUAUUGCACCUCAGACGGGAGCCUCCACCAGCAAAAGGAUCGAAGCAUUCAUCGAAAAAGUCAAAGAAAGAGAAGGAGGAAGAUGAUUUUCCAAUACCCCCUCCACCGACGAUCAUAUUCGUUACUCAUCCGAGAACGGCUGCAAGGCUCACACUUACACUUCAGCAACUCGGUCUACCGACCACUUCUUUGCAUUCGCAUCUGACGCAACGCCAGCGAUUGAAUUCGCUCGGCUUAUUCCGUUCACGCACGAUACCCAUAUUAGUAGCUACGGACGUAGCAAGCAGAGGUCUGGAUAUCGAGGAUGUGGCACUGGUCAUCAAUUGGGACAUGCCCGGCGAAGGACACGAGGAAGAAUAUGUGCAUCGGGUUGGUCGAACAGCUCGUGCCGGGCGAGGAGGUGUGGCAGUGAGUUUCGUGGGUGGAGAGGAAGACGGCGAGGAAGUGAAACGUAUCGAACUGAGAAUAAAGACACAACUUACAGAGCUUUCCCUGCCUGAGGGGAAAGUGCUGGAGCACCUCAACCUCGUCUCAACUGCCAAACGGGUGGCCAACAUGGAGUUGCACGACUCCAAAUUCGGCGAGCGCGAGGCCAUACGACGGAAGAAGCGUGCCCGACUCGAGAAGGUCUAGACUCAUCCUUCUGUGUCUCGUAUGCUGUCGUCGAGUUUUCUGGAACGCUGGAUAAAAUGAACUUGCAGUAAGGGGCAAUUCCGACUUCGGGCCUGAUAUGGCAUUGGCUUGGGAACUGAGGAACGACGAACGGCCGCGGCCGAGUUGCCCAUGGCGUGGGGCAAAGGCCGGUGUGGCAUACGGAAGUUUAUCCGAGCAAUGUCAUACCGCACGGAGGAGAAACACUCCAUUUGAUGGCCAGCGGGGACCACACAAAAGUCAAAUCGGUGCCUUUCCUCGAACAUUCUAUGAGAUGUUCAAUUUGAGUAUCUCGUAUCGCGGUAUCGCGGUCGCGCCGACCUGCCCCAUCUGUCACAAAUUCCGUUGGCCGGCUGUAUCCGAACGAUCGAAGUACGGUCAGAAGACUGUCUGUUCGUUGUCAACAGAAUCUAAGGCAGUUGAGAAGUCCUGCACUUGGGAUAUCCAUAGACACGUUGCAGAGGCGUGGCAGCUGGGACCAUACGCGAAAUAAAAC